GCCGCCAUGGGAGUCCGGGCGUGAGCGGCCCGCGUCUUCUUCGUUCUCCUCUUCCUCCUGCUGUCGUCCCCUCGGCACCGCCCGGCGCGCCUGCGGGCAGGGGAAGGGGCACGGCAGAACUCGCCCCCGUGGAGGGCAACAGCAUGUUCCGGCUGAUGAGGGACGGGGAGCCGGAGGACCCCAUGUUCGCUAUGGACCCUUUUGCUAUCCACCGGCAGCACAUGAACCGCAUGCUUUCUGGAAGUUUUGGAUUUGGCCCACUGCUUGGUAUCACUGAUGGGACCACACCAGGGGCUCGUCAGGCUGGCCGCAGGAUGCAGGCAGGAGCUGUUUCACCCUUUGGGAUGCUGGGCAUGGCAGGUGGCUUUAUAGACAUGUUUGGCAUGAUGAACGACAUGAUUGGGAACAUGGAACAUAUGACAAGUGGUGCAAACUGCCAGACAUUUACCUCUUCAACUGUCAUCUCCUAUUCCAACCUGGGUGAUGGGCCCAAAGUGUAUCAGGAGACCUCAGAGAUGCGUUCGGCACCUGGCGGGAUUCGUGAGACUAGGCGGACCGUAAGGGACUCAGACAGUGGCUUGGAACAAAUGUCUAUUGGGCACCACAUCAGGGACAGAGCGCACAUCAUGCAGCGAUCCCGGAACCAUCGUACAGGUGACCAGGAAGAGAGGCAGGACUACAUCAAUAUGGAUGAAAGUGAUGCAGCCGCUUUUGAUGAUGAGUGGAGGCGAGAGACAUCCCGCUUCCGGCCGCAGCGAGGACUGGAAUACCGGCGUCACGACGGCAGCGGCAGCCGCCGGGCUGAAGGGACUCGUCUUGCGAUCCAGGGCCCGGAGGAUUCUCCCUCCAGACAGUCCCGCCGAUAUGACUGGUGAAUGCAGAGCAGACCUUGUUGGGGGUGCAACAUGGUCACCCCCAAGUCUACCUACACGUUCUUGUAAGUCCUAACACGACUCUUUUUUCAUUCUCCAUUGCCUGGUUGCCUCUUAACCAUAUGGAUUUUCUUUUCAUUACCCCAGUCUUGCAUUAUUUUGGUUGGAAGAAUGUUUUCUCGCUUAAUGUAAAGAGCAGAGGAAGAUGAAAUUCUUGAGAAAAUACUGAAUGGAAAGGUUCAGCAAGGUUGGCCUUGUCACCAAGAAAAAUAUGUGAUGUCAGCCUUAGGUGGUGGUUGAAAUGGUAUGAGGUGAUGCAGGAUCACAAUCUAUAGAGUGUUUACAUUAUCAUUAUGUAGAACUUAGAGACUUUUUACUGCCAGUCCAGUUUGAAAUUAAAACAAGUGCUGCUUUCUGGCCUGUGCUUUGAGGGUUCACUUGGAUAUGGUCCUGAACUUGAAAUUUGGGGUUUCUUUUUAUUAUUAUAAAUGUUAAAUCUUAUCUGUCUUAGCUGCUUUCUAAUCACAUUUUGCUCUUUUUAUGUUCUCUCUUUGUUUCCCUUCCUUCCAGGUACAGACAGUGAAAUUCUAAAGCCCCUUCAAAGCACCACUUGGACCCUUCUCAAAUUUAGUAUUAACCUCCCUGCCACUUAAGAAUUGAAAUAAAGCAACUAAUCUUC